AUGCAGCCGGGUGGCGUGGGGGAGCCUUCCGACUUUCCAUCCGCGACUCUCUUCGAUGAUUCUAUCUACCAGCGCGAGGCUCUGUCGCUUCCAGAAAGCAAAAAUGAGGAUGACUUAGACCAAGAAAUACUCGAGGAAGCUCAGCAGCUUGGUAUUGCCGUCAGCCAGUACCUAGCGCCAGAUCCACACGAUAUAUCAACUGCCUUGUCCACCUUCACCGUCUCGAGCGAGCCCAGGUCUUCCAUGUCAGUCCGGUCACACGAAUCUCACUCUACAGGAUUUACUUCGGAUCCUUCCCGAAACUCAAAAGACCAAUGCGUAGAAAAUCACCCUGCUAGCCCCAGUUUUGCCCCGCCACGAAGCUCUAUAUCGAUUGAGAACCGCGGUUUUUCAGUAGACGGACCCCGCCCGGCCAUGCGCCAUGCCCACUCGUCCUCUACCACGUCUAAAGCAGGGUCAACUCGCUCCCUAUUGUUGGUUUCGGAGAGCCCUGGCUUGAAGCGACGGCGAGGAUCCAGCUUGCUCUCCAUGUUCCGCCGAGAGUCACAACAAUGCAGCUCCUGCUCGGCCCGUGUUCGCCACAGCCAUCAUGUAAAUCCAUUCACGCCACGCCUUCUGUGCGGUCAUAGUCUGACGAAGUACGCGAUUCGAAUACAUGUCCAAGACGCCCUCGAACGCCACGACCACGCCCCACCUAGUUGCUGUGGAAGGCCUCUGCCAAGACCAGCGUUGGAAAUGGCAUUGACCGAGGCAGAACUGGACAGCCUCGCAAAAGCGCUACCAUUAUCAGGUGAAGCUGAAACCGGAAUCCAUACCAAAGCAAGCGAGGAGAGCGCAGUUGAGUUCACAAGCCAAGCAGAAUCGCAAUCUCUGGUAUCUCCUGCCGAAAGUGGACCACCCAGUCCCAGUCACCCUGUAAAGACGCCAGAAGAAUGCGCACGGCUAGAGAAGGCUAUGGAGGACGAACGAUUUAGGGCAUUGCGAACCCUGCAGACAGAGCAGCUUAACAAGAUCGUGUCGUUCGAGGCCAGACAGAGACAGGCCCUGCUAUUAUACUAUGAACAGUCAAGGUCCAAACUAUCGUCUGCCUUGGCGCGCAACAAAGCAGAGAGAACCAACCAGCAUGCACAACAUCUAGAGCAGCUUGAAGAGAUGCAAGUUGCAGCAGAGCAUGAUUUACGUAGAGCCCAGGUGCAAGAGAACCAGAAUAUGGCUACUGCACUAAAAUAUAUGGAGGCGUACUGCAAUGGCCCGAACAGUUCCGAACAUACUGUAUCUGAAGAAGAUCGGAAGAAGUUGAAGCGACAGCACGUCGUCCAAGACAGCCUUCCACGCAAGCAUGACAGCGCCAUCAAUGUCUUACGUUCGAAGCAAGAGAAGGACGUGAAGGUGCAAAUACACAACCAGCACACCGAGCUUGUGCAGAUGGACCUCGACUUUGAGAAGGAGAUGGAGCAGCUUGAGAUGAAGUUCCACAAAGACUCGAGUAAGCUGGACGUCCUAGCCGAGGUCCGACGAGGCAAGGCAAUUGCUCGGUGGGACCUCAAGGUGGAAAUCUGGAGGAGGCAGUUUGAGAAGCAACAAGAGACGUGUUUUGAUGGUUCUAUUCCGCAUCCCGACUGGCCCGCGACCCCAACAGAAGAACCGGCAGGCGACACUACUGCCUUAGCGCCUUAUUUCCAACUCCAGCAUCACAGUGCGGCAGCGACUUGA